AUUUGUGUAGAGGGGACAAGCCGUGGUGGUGGAGGGAACACCCAAAAUGGGGAGGUGAAGGGUGGAAACGUGGUGGAGGAGCAACCCUUCAGAUGAAGAGACUGGAUUAUUGCACAAGUUGGGCCGCUGGCGUGGUUUGGGCUCCAAUUAAUGAAGCUGUGCGUUCUGGUGGAAAGUUGCUGCAACUUGGAAAUAAGCUUGUGCACAGUUCAUUUUGUCCAAAAUGAGAAGCAAAAAACCCUCUCAAGCCAGGGCUUUACGGGAGAAGAAAUGAGAAGAUGAAGUAAGCUCGAGUUACUUCUCAGUGCACGUGUGAGGAAGAAAAGGAGAAGCGUCCGAUUGGAAGAAUCGCGAAGCGCUAAGUAUCAAGGUUUCCCUUUUCUUUCCUUCUGCUUCUGACCCUAUGUAAAGGGGCUUUAUCUGUAAAUAGAGAGUAGCGAGCGGAAGGUGAGAGGCUCCGUGAGAGAGUUGUGCGAGAUAGUCAUAGUAAGGGUUUAUGCGCAUUUCGUAGUGUAUAUUUGACAAUUCUUGAUCGAGACACACGGGGUGACAGCCCGUGAGCAUCUCGGCGUUGCUUUUACGGUGCUUUCUUUUGGAACAUUUGAUGGUGAUGGAGGGAGCAACACUUAAAAAGAAAAAGAGAACAAAACCCAUAUUCGCCCAAGCCCCAUUAGCCAUUAAAUAUAAUAUUCUUGACCUAAACUCAAUUAGCGUAACCGUGCAGUGACGAGAAAGCAAGCAACGGGAGUUUCAGAUUACGCCGUCAGUGUCGGACAUUGUGAUAACCAUUACGAGUUUUCAGACUUAGUGUCAUAAAGAACGAUGAAUAUCUUGCAAGGGAAACGCAAGCGCCAAGACCUGGCUUCCACACUCUCUGCGUCGAUGACGAACGAGGAGCGGGUGAUUUACAAUAUCAUUCGCGGGAAGAAGGAGAUGGGGAUAUGGCAAGGGGACAUCAAAAGAGAAACCAACAUCCCUGACAGCAUUUUGAAGAAAUCCAUCAAGUUGCUAAUCUCCAAGACUCUUAUCAAGGAAGUUGUGAACAUUCAAAACAAGUCCAAGAAGGUGUUGAUGGCCAUGGAAUUCGAGCCCUCUAAGGAGAUCACUGGUGGAGAGUGGUAUACUGAAGGCAGGCUCGACACACAACUCAUCGAUGCUCUGUCUGAUGUCUGCUUGAAGCUUAUUUCCCGUAAAAAGAUCGCUACCCGCGAUGCAAUCCUCGAGUGGACUAAAACCUUAGGAAGUGAGGUUUUUCCUGGGGGAGUCAGUCCAGGACAAGUGGAACAAAUUUUGAAAGUUUUGGUUAUGGAAAAUAAGUUAAAAGAGGUGAACAGCACUGGCUUUGGGGAUUUUUCAUCUGUUCCUGCUGGUUAAGUUUGUUUUAGGCUGGCGAAAAAGGUAGGCACCAAUGUCAAAGUUGGUGCCAUGGCUUCUAUUCCUUGUGGGGUUUGUCCUAGGAUUAAAUUUUGUACACCCAAUGGUAUUAUAUACCCAACACACUGUCAAUAUUAUCAGAAACGGUUGGACUUUUAA